GCGGACCUGCCAGACCCCGAGAGCGGGGCUCCGCGCAGCACAGCCUCCCGGGCCUGGGCAUGUAAGGAGGAAGGACAGCUGCGGCCAGAGCAGUCGCCAAGGCAAAACAUGGCCAAGGAAAGAUGCCUGAAAAAGUCGUUUCAAGACAGUCUUGAAGACAUAAAAAAGCGAAUGAAAGAAAAAAGAAAUAAAAACCUGGCAGAGGUUGGCAAACGCAAGUCUUUUAUAGCUGCACCGUGCCAAAUAACCACCAAUACAUCUUCCCUACUGAAAAAAUACCAGGACAACAACAGAAUGUUAGUCUUGGCUCUGGAAAAUGAAAAAUCCAAAGUGAGAGAAGCUCAAGAUAUCAUCCUGCAGCUGAGAAGGGAAUGUUACUACCUUGCCUGUCAGCUCCAUGAACUGAAAAAAAAAUUGGCUUUUCAACCAACAGAAGAAACUGCUCAGGGAAAGAAUCAGGAAAUACAUACCUCUAGGAUAGAUUCCAACAUUGAUGACAGCUCCAGGCAUUCCCUUGCAAAGGAUUUACCGCAAGUUCCUUUUCAAGAAACUGACCUUCCAGGACAAGGGGAAUCAUUCCAAACAGAAGAGCAAAGAUCUGCUGUUCUUCAAGACAUCGUGAGAUUUGAUAUUGAUUCCAGUGAAGCUAAGUCUACAGAUGCCUUACCCAGAACUGUAUCUGUUCGUUCUCGUUUAAAAAAACCUUUUAACAAUAUGUGUCAAUUCGAUACUUGGGGUGAUUUUGAAACCAGCCACUUGACCGGCCAGUCUCCUGAACUGGAAAGAGUCAGAUUUGUAGACUCACUAGGAAAUAUGCAUAUACCUGAAAAUGUAGCACAAAAUGGCCACCAAUGGAACAAGGACCAAAUUAACUCAUCACCGAAGCUGACUCAUCCAGGAAGUUUUACUAAAACAAAAGAAGUCAGUUUAGAACUGAAAUCUGAGAAAACGAAAAGCAAGCAUAAAAAUUCACAAAGAAGAAAAAGAGAAGAGAAAAGGAGAGCUAACCGACGGAAAAAAUCCAAAUCUGCAUCAGAUUACAAAAGGAACGAUAAAACUAAGAAAACACUGCCCCCCAACAGACUGGCUGAAUCUGUGAAUUCUGGUGACGCUUACAAUUUCAAUUCAGAAGAAAGUGUUCAUCUCACUCCUUUCCGACAAAAAAUGAGCAGUGAUUCUAAGCGAGAACAAAACGAGCCUGAAGAGAGCAUCUGUGAGUCCAGCGAUUCGGGAGAUACCUCUGAUGACCUGUACCUGCCCCCUUGCGAGAGCAUUCUAACUCUUGCCAGCGACUCAGAGAGGAGGCCCGUCACCAGGCCACGAUCUCGAAGAGCACUAAAAUAUAUGGAUGGAAAAGAGACAGAGGAGUCUAACCCAACACAAACUCCCACCAGUACACCACCUGAAAUUCACCAGUCACCUCAUUUUGGCCUGAAGGAUAUCACCAAUGUUGCCUUGCAUCCUGUAGUGAAAAUCAGAAGACUUUCUCUUUCUCCACAACAGAAUAAAGAAAGCCCAGCGAUGUCCCUGCCUAAGCGUAGGUGCACAACCAGCAUAAACUAUAAAGAGCCUACACUUGCUUCGAAGCUGAGACGAGGAGACCCUUACACAGAUUUGUGCUUCUUGAAUUCUCCUAUUUUCAAGCAAAAAAAAGAUUUGAAACGUCGUUCUAAAAAGAAAGCAUGAAGCAAAUACAAUAACAUGUUUGCUGGAUGUCAUUUAAAUCCAUCCUGCAUCUUUUCCUGUUACACAAGAGAAUCCCCGGGACAGUGUAAACGUGGUCUGGACUACUGCCACGGAAUAUUCUUUCUAGGAACCUAUAUGAUGAACAUCUCUUCAAAACCACUUCAGAUGUGUGUGGUUUGUUUUGUUUUUGUUUUUGUUUUGUCUUAAACAUUUAAUAAAAUUAUUUUUUCUUUUGACUAUAGUAACUGGCCUUAAGCACUCUUGUUUCGUUUUUUUAAAUGCAGCCUAAACCCCUUAAUUGCAGUGAAAUGUUAUCUUAAUUAACAUUUUGUAAAAUAAUAAUGAUUAUUCAGGGUAAAAUGUUUUAAUUCUAAGCUGUGACAUCUUUAUUUUUCCUUCAUGGGGUAGAUGAGAAUGAAUGAAUUUUUUAAACAACAGGCUGAGGGUCUUUGAAACUCUCUAUCAUCCUUGAGUGACAUAAAUCCUUAAUACAGUAGGUUAUACCCCAAGUUGUCCGCGGAUCCCCUACACCACUAUCAUAUUUCGUUUUUUAGAUAAAAUGUUUAUGGGCUCGUGAUUAGAGAACUGAUAGCCGUUGGGCUCAGGGACGAGGUGUGUGCCUUGUUCUGAGCCCCGAGGUCUAAGCGCAUGUGGUUCUCAGAGAUGCCUCAGCAAGGUCACACACUGUCACGUCACGGACGUUCAGGGUAGCGCCUCCUUUAAUCAAGAAUGGCAGAUGUCCGACGUGGAUAGUAAGGGUCUGUCUGUAUUUCUGAUCAACCAGUAUGAGGAAAUCUGUUCAAUUCAGUUCAGAAAGGCUGACAUCUACACUUGUAUAUUCCUCAUUAAACUUUUAGAGCCCAGUAGGUUUUCCGUUUUUA